AUGUUGCGCGAAGUAAAACCUCGAAAUGCACGCACGGCUCGUAUAGUCAAAGCGAGAGAGCCACAGCAAGUGGAAUCGCGCAAGAAAGUGCUACUCCUCCACGGCUCAAAAUGCCCACAACCAGUGGCUGCCGUGCUCAAAACCGUUCAUACCUUGGCCAAGCCAGAUGCAGUGCAGUUGCACAAGAAGAAUGAAAAUAUCCAUCCAUUCGAAGACCCUUCUUCGCUGGAAUUUUUGGCCUUGAAGAAUGAGUGUGGUGUUGUGGUCUUUGGCACACAUUCAAAGAAGCGACCGAAUAAUAUCACCAUAAUGCGAACAUACGAUGGGAAACUCCUAGACCUGUUAGAAUUGCUAGUACUGGUACAUCCAGAGCAGUCGCAGAAAGACCAUGCACUUCAAGUAGGUGUUGCAAUGAAGCCUCUGUUACUGUUUAGCGGAUCACAGUGGGAUGAUGCAUCUGCUUCAUCUCAAGCUACACAAUACCACACGAUCAAGUCAAUUAUGCUCGACCUUUUCCAGGGGGAAGAAAUCUCUUCAAUAGAGGUGGAAGGACUGCAAUAUCUACUCAUGAUAGCAGCAGGCGAAAUAUCAAACCCAUCAGCGGAUUAUGCUGACCCAGCAAAUAAGCCUGUGCUACACCUCAGGUGGUACAAGAUUAGAACACUGCGAUCCGACAACCCCAAGAUACCACGGGUCGAAUUGGACCCUGUUGGACCGAGUUUCGACUUCAGAGUUGGCCGUUAUCGAGAGGCAGAUGCAUCUACCAUGAGGGAUGCUCAGCGACAUGGUCGACGACCCAACGAGGCACGAACAAAGAAGAAUAUCGAGACUGACCUAGUGGGAGACAAGAUAGGCAGAGUCCACCUCGGGAAGCAAGAUUUAUCAACUUUACAGACUCGCAAGAUGAAAGGUCUGAAGCGGGGGCGGGCAGAUGUCGAAGCAAAGCCGCUAGAAGGUGACAGUGACGAUGGCCUCAGCGAAGACGAGGUCAUGGCUGACGGUGGAAUGGAUUUGGAUGGGGGACGUUCAGAAGAUGGAAGCAGCGGUGGUGGCACUGGUGAUGAGAUCAGUAUUGGUGAGAAUGAUGAUGAGGAGAUGGAGGACGUGGAGGACGAAAAACCGAAAAGACAACGGCUUGCUUAA